ACACUAUGGCUGUGUGGUAGCAGAGUGGACUUCUGUGCGCACAGGUGCGCUGCUGCCGACCCCCAGGAAGCGUGGGUGGUGGGUAGAGCCGCGAUAUGCGACAGUCCAAAUAAUACCAGCCGCUUCUGGAGCCAGGGAAUACCAGUUCCACAGGCCUAAUGGUUUUCACCAGUAGUUUUAUAUCUGCAAAAUGAGGGAUGAUGAUGCUCUUGUCAGAACAAGCCAAAGGGUGGGAAGCAGCACAUGGCGCCACGGGAACAAACCUCCGAAGACAUGGCAAAUGCAACCGCUGAGGUAGUGAUAAGUAGCUGUAGCUCUCACGAAGAGGAAAAUCGCUGCACUUUUAACCAGAGUGCAUCUCCGUCUGAGGAGCUUCUAUUAGAAGACCAGAUGAGGAGAAAACUCAAGUUUUUUUUCAUGAAUCCUUGUGAGAAGUUCUGGGCCCGAGGCAGAAAGCCAUGGAAACUUGCCAUACAAAUUCUGAAAAUUGCCACAGUGACUGUCCAGCUGGUUCUUUUUGGACUAAGUAACCAGAUGGUGGUAGCUUUCAAGGAAGAGAACACUAUAGCAUUCAAACAUCUCUUCCUCAAAGGAUACAUGGACCGCAUGGACGACACGUAUGCAGUGUAUACACAAAGUGAUGUAUACGAUCAGAUCAUCUUUGCAGUGAACCAGUACCUGCAGCUUCGCAACGUCUCUGUUGGGAAUCAUGCAUAUGAGAACAAGGGUACCAAACAGUCCGCUAUGGCAAUCUGCCAGCACUUCUACAAGCGAGGAAACAUCUGCCCUGGAAAUGACACCUUUGACAUUGAUCCAGAAAUUGAAACAGAAUGUUUUUUUGUGGAGCCGGAUGAAUCAUUUCAUAUUGGAACACCAGAAGAAAAUAAACUCAAUUUAACACUGGACUUCCACAGGCUCCUGACAGUGGAGCUUCAGUUUAAAUUGAAGGCCAUCAAUCUGCAGACAGUUCGUCACCAGGAGCUCCCUGACUGUUACGACUUUACCCUGACUAUAACAUUUGACAACAAGGCUCACAGUGGAAGAAUUAAAAUCAGUUUAGACAAUGACAUUUCCAUUAGAGAAUGUAAGGACUGGCAUGUAUCUGGAUCAAUUCAGAAGAAUACUCAUUACAUGAUGAUCUUUGAUGCCUUUGUCAUUCUGACCUGCUUAGCUUCGUUGCUUCUGUGUAUUAGAUCUGUGAUCAGAGGACUUCAGCUUCAGCAGGAAUUUGUCAAUUUUUUCCUCCUCCAUUAUAAGAAGGAAGUUUCUGUUUCUGAUCAAAUGGAAUUUGUCAACGGAUGGUACAUUAUGAUUGUUAUUAGUGACAUACUGACAGUCGUUGGUUCAAUUCUGAAAAUGGAAAUCCAAGCUAAGAGUCUCACAAGUUACGAUGUCUGCAGUAUACUCCUUGGGACGUCGACCAUGCUUGUGUGGCUUGGAGUCAUCCGAUACCUGGGUUUCUUUGAGAAGUACAAUCUCCUCAUUCUGACCCUUCAGGCAGCACUGCCCAAUGUCAUCAGAUUCUGCUGCUGUGCUGCUAUGAUUUAUUUAGGCUAUUGCUUCUGUGGGUGGAUUGUGCUGGGGCCUUAUCAUGAUAAGUUCCGUUCUCUGAACAGGGUCUCUGAGUGCCUCUUUUCUUUGAUAAAUGGAGAUGAUAUGUUUGCCACAUUUGCAAAAAUGCAGCAAAAAAGUUACUUGGUCUGGCUGUUCAGCAGAAUUUACCUCUACUCUUUCAUCAGCCUCUUUAUAUAUAUGAUUUUAAGCCUUUUCAUUGCAUUGAUCACUGAUACAUAUGAAACAAUUAAGCACUACCAGCAGAAUGGCUUUCCAGAGACCGAACUUCAUGUGUUUAUAUCAGAGUGCAAGGACCUACCCAACUCUGGAAAAUACAGAUUCGAUGAUGACCCUCCAGCGUCUUUAUUCUGCUGUUGUAAAAAGAAGUCAUCAGGCUGACCUACGCUCUCGAGGAAUAUGUCAUGUGGAGCUGAGUUGAGGAAACUAUGGAGAUUUUAUAGUAUGUUCAAAUACUGUUAUUUUUAGCUAGUUAGCACUUUCUAUAACUCACCAAGAACUGUCUUUAUGUUUUGAAAUAAUAUUUAACGUACUUUCUGCUUUACACUGGGUUUAAAAUAGUAACUAACUUUGUUGAGGGAAGAUACUGGAUUAUUGUCCUUUCAUGUCUAUUUGUCAUUUUUUGGGUUGUGUUCUCUAAGCCCCUCUUUACUCUGGCUAUGUGGACUGUGUCCUCAGUGAAAGCAAUCCCUGGUCUGAUUGUGACUUUGGACAAUCUGGUUGUAUUUCUGAAAGAGUGGGAAUAGUUACUGUAUAUCCACUACAACUGCAUUUAAAGAUCUCUUAUAGCCCAGCGCAAGAAAUAAGCAUCUCCAACUAACUGUGUACUAUUUGGUUCUGAAGGACAACUGCUAUUUGAUCCCGCUUUUAGUUCUGGAGGUGAUCAACUAUUUUAAUAUUUGUUUCUAAAUUUCUCUGCCCCUUCAUGUUAAAGUAUGGAGUUGAAAGGUUAUCUCUACAUAAAUGAAAAAACACAUACCAAAUGGAUAUCCAAUUAAGUAAUGAUUAUUUUAUUAGCAUUUCAGCAACUUUAUGUUAUACUUUGCCCUUCGUGGGUGCGUUCAGUUUCACAGCAAGGCAAUUUGUGGUCAGGAACUGUGGUUUCAUGGAACAAGGUUGCUUAACUCAUGCAAGAGUUAUUUUGGACAAUUAUGUUUAAAAUUAAAGAUAAGUGAUUCACUGAUUGGAAAUUGCAGCAGUUUCACAAUGUGAAUAUUUGUUUUGUGUAUUGUUUAUUCAAAUGGAGCUUAAUUUAAUGAUGUCAAUAAAAGAUUUCUCAAAGCAAA